AUGGAACGCGGCAGGUUUAUUCAAUAUAUGACAGCAUUUGCAUUGUCAUUGUCCACCGCCACAUUGGGUGUGUCCUCAGCAUGGCCAACUCCAGUCAUACCAAAGUUUCAUAGAAAUGAAACUAAUGUACAAAUAACUGAUAAUGAAAUAGCCACAAUGUUGGCGAUGUCAGCGCCUGGUUUUGUGGCUGGCAGCUUACUCACGAGAUUUGUGGCAGAUAGCUUCGGAACUCAAACCACUGUUUUAGCGAGCGCAUUACCAAUCGCUACUGGCACGCUAAUUGCAGUGUUAGCAACACAGGCCUGGUUGUUGUUCAUCAUGAAAUUCUUGUGGGGUUUUGGUACUGGAAUGGUUUCUACGGUGGUGACGAUGUAUUUAGCUGAAAUAGCUGACAAAGAUAUUCGUGGUACAUUAGCAGUUGGAACAAGGUUCAUGUUUAACCUCGGCAGUCUUCUUGUCAUUUCUAUAGGACCUUUCCUACCAUAUAGCACAUUAAAUUACUGCAUACUAGGAUUGCCUGUAAUAUUUUUUGCAGCAUGUCUAUGGAUACCUGAAUCUCCAUAUUAUUAUUUGAAGAAAGGCAAAGUGGAACAAGCGAGACGAGUUCUCAUAAGAUUAAAGGGGAAAGAGAAAGCAGAGAUCGAAUUAGAGUCCUUAAAGGCAGAUGUGAAUAAGGAAAUGCGACAUUCAGGGACGGUUUGCGAAUUAUUUACUGGCAGACAAUAUAGACGUCCGCUUGUAAUAGCAUUGGGCUUGAAGGUAACACAAAUAAUGACGGGUACAUUAACUAUACAGCAGUAUUUGGGGCGUAUCAUGCAAGAUGCGAACAUCAAUAUGAAAUUAUCAACUAUACUGGUCAUAUUUGGUAUAGUCAAGUUUGUUGUUGGUAUAAUGUCUUCUAUUUUGGUAGACAGAGUUGGAAGGCGUCCGCUUUUGAUAUAUUCGUAUUUCAGUUUUGGGCUUUGUGUGGCAACGGCUGGUUUAUAUUUUUUUUUGUUGGACGUCGUUGCUUUAAGCCCAUCAUUGCUCAGACCAUACGGUAUUGUACCGUUCGUUGCUAUAAUACUCUGUAGUGUAGUGUCCACUUUAGGUUUUAAUUCGAUUAUAAGUAUUAUAUCAGCGGAAGUUUUCCCGUUGAACGUUAAACCGGUGGCUAUGACGACGCUUAAUGUUUUCGGUGGUUUUGCCGGUUUCUCCGUGACUAAAACCUAUCAGGCUGUGAAGAAUAUAUCUGGUUUGUGCGGUGCGUUCUGGAUGUUCUCAGUGAUAGCUUUCUCUGGUGCUAUGUUUUCGUAUUUCGUGGUACCAGAAACUAGAGGGAAGAGUUUACGUGAGAUUCAAGACAUGUUUCAGAUUAAUGAUAAUAUAGAAAUUAAGAUUGAAGAGACGCUUUUAUCUAAACAAAAUGGUGAUAUUGAGCUCAACGUACUCAAUAAAGAGUCUAGUUUGUAG